CAUAACAAAAUUUAUUACAAAUUACAUGAUUUUGGAGGCAAAACAAAAAGUAAAAGCCAAGAAUAGUAAUGAAUAGUAUAAUUAAGACCUAAAAGAAGCAGUUUAAGGUUCAAGUCAUUAAAACAAUUUUUAUUGUUAAAAGAUUUGCUGGUUAAUAGUUAUUAUGUUUGGAGAAAAAGUUAUAGAAUUGCUAAAAGAGGCUGAUCGAAAUCGUGAAACUAUCGACCAGUUUAAUGAUGAAAAGAUACGGCAAAUUAUAGAAGAAAUGCACGUUUUAUUUAAGAUGAAUAUGGAUGAUGCAAAUGCAACAACAGAAAAUAGGUCACUAUGGACAACAGUUCAAGUGAGACAUUCUGCUUUGGAGAGAAAUAAACGCUGUCUUCUUGCCUACCUUUACAACAGAAUGGACAAAAUCAAAACCCUAAGAUGGGAAUUUGGCUCUGUCUUACCACCAGAUGUAAGGGAGUUACUUGCAGAUAGUGAAUAUGAGUGGUUCUCCAAGUACUCUACUAACUUAGCUAAGUACAUGAGGUCUUUAGGUGAAGACAUAGGCUACAGUGGUAUAGAUUUAACUGAAAACUUAAGGCCUCCAAAAUCAUUGUAUAUAGAAGUGCUCUGUGUUACAGAUUAUGGUAAAUUGGAGUUAGAAGACGGAGAUGUUGUGAUGCUAAAGAAAAAUAGUAGACAUUUUUUGCCAACUUCGGAGUGUCAAACUUUAAUACGACAAGGUAUUUUGAAACAAAUUGUAUAGUUUCAA